AUCAUUCGACGUUCAGACGUGGAGGCUUGCAGUUGAAUAGUGUAACGGAAUUAACUAUUUAAUUGAGUUCUAAAAAGUUUUGUGAGUGUUGUGUUUAAAGUUCAAUUUAAAUAGAUACAAAUCACAAAAUGGCGCCAUCAAUAGGCGUAUCGGAAUUCUACGCAGGGAAGACAAUCUUCAUAACAGGAGCUACGGGUUUUAUGGGAAAAGUUCUGAUAGAAAAACUAUUAAGAUGCUGUCCAGAUUUAAAAAGGAUUUAUUUACUAAUGAGGCCGAAACGAGGACAAAAUACCAAAGAACGCCUUGACGAUUUCAUAAAUUGCCGGGUUUUUGAUUAUCUUCAAGACAAAUCUCCAAAAGUCUUCGAUAAAAUAACAGUAAUCCAGGGAGAUAUCCUGCUGGAGGAUCUAGGUCUUACUAUACAAGACUGGGAUUUAUUGCAAAAAGAAACUGAGGUUUUGUUCCACUGCGCAGCUUGUGUACGAUUCGACAUGUUCAUUCGUGAUGCCGUGAAUAUGAAUACAGUUGGAACAUUAAAAGUCCUCAAAUUAGCCGAUGGUAUGAAAAAAUUGCAGGUCUUCGUCCACGUAUCGACUUCCUACUGUCGUUGCGAAGUCCACACCCUGGAGGAACGCCUGUACCCAUCCAAGCACAGACCACAGGACGUCAUUGAAUGCGUCAAGUGGAUGGACGAUGACCUUCUAAGCUACCUUCAACCGAAGCUCAUAGACCCUCAACCGAACACGUACGCCUACACCAAGUCGUUGACUGAAGAUCUGGUCUCGCAGCAUGUUGGGAAAUAUCCGAUCGUUAUCGCAAGACCUUCUAUUGUAACCGCAGCUUACAAGGAACCGUUGCCAGGUUGGGUGGACAAUAUGAACGGGCCCACAGGACUCUUAGUUGGCGCUGGAAAAGGAGUGAUCCGCACGAUGCAUUGUAACGACUCCUACUCAGCGGACGUGAUCCCGGUCGACAUGGCGGUGAAUGCCUGUAUAUUGCUCUCAUACUUAACUGCUGUGGAAAAGCCGAAAGAGAUUCGAAUUUGUAACGUAACACAAUCCGGUAACAACCCCAUUACUUGGGGCGAAGCACUCGAUAUGGGUCGCAUUCACGUCCAAGAGUUCCCUUUCUCCGUGUGCCUCUGGUACCCGGGGGGUUCACCAAAGAGCUCGAAGGUCCAACACCAGAUCGCUGCCUUCUUCACCCACCUAUUACCAGCUUAUUUUGUGGAUUUAAUCAUGUUUUUAAUGGGAAAGAAGACUUUUAUGAUUAAAAUUCAGAAACGCGUCAGUUACGGUCUAGAAGUCCUGCAAUACUACACGACGAAGGAAUGGUUCUUUAACAAUGAUAACUACAGAGCAUUGUGUAAACAAGUUUCUAAAGUCGAUAAUGAAAUAUUUUACACAAAUAUGGAGGCUUUGGAUUGGAGUGCUUACAUAAGGAACUAUAUAAAGGGUGCUCGGGAGUACUGCUGCAAAGAGGACCCUGCGACAUUGCCACAAGCCAGGAAGCUGCAAAGACAAUUGUACUACUUGGACAAAGCAGUUCACAUUGUCGUCUAUUUCCUAAUCGCAUAUUUUAUAUAUUAUUAUAUAAUACGUUUCUUUUGUUAAUAUAUAUUCUUAAAUGUUAUGUAUCUUUGUAAAUAACGUUAUAUAAAUGUUUUAAACAAAGGCAACUACUUUUAGUUGAUAAGUUGGACGAUUUAACUCAAAUUAAUGCUGAUAAUGGUUAUAAAAUCAAAGUUAAUAACUAAGGAGUCAUCAAAGUCUCCUUGUCAAUAGAUUAUGUGACCAUUUCUUGAUCGAGUUCCACCCGGAGUCAUGAUUUUAUGUUCCUUUAAAACAAUAUUAUAUAUAAGACUAUGCUCAAACAAUAUUAUAUAUAACAAUAAAUAUUUAUUUAUUAAUCAUUUAUAUACUUUAUUUGCAUUUAAAUUGUAUUGGAUAAGCAGACAUGAAAAUGAACUAUACAUUGGAGGACAGAUAAACAAAUCUUACAUUUACAUAUUCCAAGCAAUUCGCUAAGAGGUCUGCAAUAUUAAGCAAUAUGAACAGUUCUUAAUUAAUAUAUCUUUAUUUAUGAUAUAACUCUAUUUCACUUUUAUUUCACUUCCAAACUUCACUUCCUUAUCAUCAUUUUUACCCCCUUUACAUGUCUUGUCAAUUCAAAGUUGUUUAUCACCACCCCCACCAUUUUAUUUGGCUAUAUAAUACAAAUUAAUAUAUAAAAAUAACACAUACUACAUAAUAUGUAUGUAAUCAACAGCUCUUAUCAAUAUACAACAUAAUUUAGUGAUAUUAUCAAUGAAGCCCCCUCCAUAUCUUCUACUAUAAUACAAGAACUGUCCAUAAUGUAAAAAUUUUAAUUUAGGUUAUGCCAUUUGUACUUAAACUCUCUGUAUUACACCACCGUUAUGAUUAUUGAAUCGUUUUGUUUCUAGAUAAGACUCGGUACUGGAAAUAUAUGAAGAAUAGUUUUUUUUUUUUAUAUAAUAAGUGUAAUUAUAAAUAAACUAUGUUGUCUUUUUCGAUUUUGUAGUCUAAGAUUUGUAAAUAUAAUUUGUGUAUGACAAUAUUUUUAUAAAUUGCAAAUUAUGCAUGACAUUAAAUAGCAAAUUCCAAAUUUGCAGUGCUAAGUAAUUGUAUUGUGGAAUAAUCCAAAUUAGCAAUUUGAUGUUUUAAUUUUUAUUACACAGAUCCAAUACCGUUUUAUUUUUGUAGGUACCAUGUUUGUAUAUUAUGAUUAUUUCAUUGUUGAAAACAUCAAUAAUUUGUGUUUUUUUAUAUAAUAAUAGGAAGUCGGACAAGCAUAUGGGCCACCUGAUGGUAAGUGGUCACCAAUGCCCUUAGACAUUGGCAUUGUAAGAAAUGUCAACCAUCACUUACAUAGCCAAUGCGCCACCAACCUUGGAAACUAAGAUUUUAUGUCCCUUGUGCCUGUAAUUACACUGGCUCACUCACCCUUCAAACCGGAACACAACAAUAUCAAGUACUGCUGUUGUGCGGUAGAAUAUAUGAUGAGUGGGUGGUACCUACCCAGAUGAGCUUGCAUAAGGCCCUACUACCAAUAAAGAUUUUUAAUAUUUGUAGCUGUAAUAGUACAUUGUGAUAUUCCAUAAUAAAAUUUGCAUAAUUUUGCAUUUUUAUUUAUAAUAUGUUUUACCAAAAAAACCAAAUGUAAUGCAUAUUAUUUUUGAUUGUUAUAAUUUUUUAUCUGUGCUAUAAUCAUUAAAU